AUGGCGGCUGUGAUGAUGGGGAUCCGACAUGGUCGUGCCAAGAAGAACGAGGAAAACGACGAGAGUGCCGCCAAGCUGCCGCAAGCGAGCGAGUGCAGCCUCGUGUCGGAGUUGGGACGACAAGUAGGCUCGUCGCUCAGUCCUGUGGGAGUGACGUGGCAGAAGAGGAGGGUUAUGCUCUCCCAGACGCGGAUCAACUUCGGCAAGACAGACUCGGACCUGCUGAUCGACUUCAUCCCCCUCGUCGAGGUCAAGUCGGUAGUGCAGAAUGUCAGGAAGCGGCACGACGACCAAGGAAGUCUCAAGCAACAAGACCGCGACGGGCGACGUUCGAAGAAGUUCAAGAAGGCUGACAUGCAGUUCUCCGACCAGAUCUACUUCGCGGGUGACGACGAGGAGGAGGACGAGGAGGAGGAGCCUAACGUUUUCACCGUCUACACCAUCCCCAACGGGCAAAACUCUGGGAGGCCAACCGUGCUGCGAGCUGGUGACAAGCAGGAGCUGGAAAAGUGGCUGGCUGGGAUCGAACAGGCGAAGAAGGUGGCAGAGAGGAUUGAGUUGGCGAAGGGAGACGUGGGGAUGUUGGCCCGGGAAAGGAGGUUGGCGCGGGAGCUGUACGAGAGCUUCGGCUUCCAGCUCGCCAUCGGCCUCGUCAUCCUCUUCUCCUACGUCGCUUCCCUGGCGAACGCGCAGCUGCUGCCGGAGAGCGGAAGCGACAUGGACAGAAAUUUCAGGAUCAUUGAGCUCGCCGUCACAGCCGUCUUCACUCUGGAACUGGUCGUUAACCUUUUCGGGCACUGGUUCAACAAAUUCUUCCGGGACGGAUGGAAUGUGUUCGAUUUUGUUGUCGUCAUUCUCGCGCUGGCUUCGGUCAUCUUUGACCAGAUCCCUGCGAUCAACGUUCUCCGUCUUGUCCGAGUCUUCAAGAUGGUCAGACUGUUCAGCAUCAGUCCCUUUCUCGUUCUGCUUGCCUCUGACUCGCCGCUAGUCAUCCCUGUCCUCAACGCCUUCUGCAUCCUAUGCCUCGUCACUUCCAUUUACGCUGUCCUUGCUACCAACCUAUUCGGUGCUACCAGCCCAGACUUCUUCGGUAACUUCGGCAGAUCCAUGUUCACUUUUUUUCAGGUGGGAACCGGCGACGCCUGGGCGUCUAUAGUGACUCGAUCUCUGCUCCUCAACGACAAGAAUGAGGGAUGGAUCAUGCUGUUCUUCGUGUCCUACGUGCUGGUCGUCGGGCUGGUUCUUGUCAACAUCGUUGUCGCCGUCCUCCUCGAUGAAUUCAUCACGACGGAGCGAACUCUCUCUGCAUCUCGAGCGGAGGCGCCGCUGGACCCGCUCAUUGCUGGUCUCGUCGGCUUCACGUCCGAGCAGGAUCUCUCCAACAAAAUCUCCGCGCUCUAUCAGCGGCUGGACGUGGAUGAGUCAGGGGCGGUAGACCUGCAGGAGCUCAACGUGGGGCUGAGAAAGCUGAACCUCUCGCGCUCCGUCGCUCUCUCUCCCGACGACUUCGAGCUGAUCACCCAAGGUGGAGCCCUGCUGGACGAGGACGGCGAGCUGGGACCCCUGGGGUUCGAGACCAUGAUCAGAACUCAGCUGGCGCAGUUUGUGGUGAAUGCGAUGACGAGCGUGGAGGACGAGAACUUACAGCAGCUUUUCUUCGCCGUCAAGAUGCUCAUCUCCUUCGUGGAUCAGAUGGAGAAGAAGGACGUGGGGGCGAGCGCGAUGAAGCAGACGAAGACGAGAAAGCAGAUCCUCGACAAGCUCUUCAAGUCUAGCAUGUGCACCUCCUUUGCCGCAUGGAAGAGCGCGGUCUUCGAUCCACAGGAGGAGGAGGAGGAGGAGGAGGAGGAGGCGAAGGAGAAGGGGGAGAAGUCAAAGGACUGCUGCAUGAACUUGGAGAGCAAAAUCUCGAGCAUGCAGCAGCAGCUGGACAGGAUGGUGGAAGACGAGGAGCAGGUAAAGUCGCAGCUGGGAAAGAUUCUGUCGAUCCUCGAGAAGGGCGAGCACAAACCUGCUCCUCACUCCGUCUUCGUCCUCCCUCCCGAGCCCCGCAGCCUCCCGGUGAUCAAUCGAGGACAGGGAGGGGAGGGAGGGAGAAGGGAGGGAGGGAGCGGGGGCAGGAGGGGCUCCAAGGAUGUGGAGGUGAGAAAGGGAGCUCGAAGGAACGGGAGGAGCAGGACGGACCUGGGGGAUCAUCAGACGCAGAUCAUCAUGGAGAACGGACACUGCUAUUUCUCGGGGAGAAGGAACGUCCCGCUGCCGGAGGAGGAGGCGGGAGAGAGGAGGAGGAGGAAGGACAGCGGCUCUCAACUCUCGACGCCUCGCGACGGUUGUGGGCGCGUCCUCAUCAAGAUCCCCUGGACGAGCCUCACCCAGCAGGCCGUGAGCAAGGAACAUGCUCGUAGUCAACCCCAGCUCCUCCCCAGCGACUGCAGGGACUCGUCGGUGUCGCUCCUCCUCCUCGACAGCAAGUUCGUCUUCCUCGAGGCCUUCCAGGGCGUCGCCUCGGCUGUUCAGGAGACGAGAGUCCAGCUGGGGGCAAGCUGGGAGGAGAGCUGUGCAGCUGCGAUGGAGGAGAUGGAGUGGAGGCUGAUGAGGGAGGAGGAGGUUGACCUGCAGCAGAACAUCUUCGUUGACCUCUCCUCCUCCGAUCUCCUCGUCCAUCGUCGCUUCUAUAUCGGCAUGUGA